AUGACUCCAAUUCUUGCAAAUGCCAUUUUAGGAAAAAGUGUUAAAAGAGAAGAUGGUCUUUUGGUAAAUGGACAACAAAUCACAUAUGAAGAUUUGAAGUCUCAUGGAAUAUUAAUGCUUGAACCAGUUGGCAUUACUCAAUAUGAAUUUUACAUACAUAUUCCAUACCUUUGGGUUUGGCUUUUAAUAAAAGCAGCUGCUGAUAGCACUUGGAAAUAG